AUGGAGUUGGCGAACGGCGGCGUGGGUGAUCGGGGAUGGAGAAGACUCCUACGAUUGAGGAUUUUAGCAACUGGAAGAGAUUACACUAGAGCCCAACUGAAAAAUAAGUGGGAUGGAUUGAAAAAUGAAUGGAAGCUUUGGAAGCAACUCAAGGGAAAAGAAACUGGUUUAGGAUGGAGUAUGCAAAAGAAUGCAAUUGAUGAAACUGAAGAUUGGUGGGAUAGUAAAUUACAGACUCAUCCUGAUGCUGCAAAGUUUCGCAUUCGGGGAAUUGAACCAAAAGUAGAGGAAAAAUUAGAUAGGAUUUUUAUGAACAUUGUUGCUACAAGAGAGCAUGCUUGGACAACUUCAUCUGGAAUAAUUCCAUCUGAGUCUGAAAAACCUUUUAAUGAUACUGAAACCUUACAUGAACAACUUUAG